GCUGAGCUGUCUAACAUCUGCUCAGCUUUUUUCUCUGAUAACUUAAGAUCCUGUCGUCCGAUGAAUAAAAUCCUCCAUCCAAGAGUUGAAAAUGACCAAGGUGUAAAAAAUAAAUCUUUAAAAUGCGGCUUAAAACUGGAUUAAAAAAAAAAUCCAUUUCGUGCUUCUGGCGGGCAACUACAACGCCGACGAAUGCACACAGGGGAUAUGAUGUCAUUGACCGGCGACCACAUGAAACGGACCACUGCCAUGAUUAAUAUCACACAUUUCUUGAGAUUUUUUUUUUAGACAUUUUAGACUUUGCAUUUUUAGUAAUCCAACACAAUCUCUGCUGUUUUUUGUUUGUUUUUUUUCUACCAAACUAUAUCACUGUCAUCUCUCUUCUUAAUCCUCUCCACUGCUGACAACAUGUUUGUUGGGAAAGGUUGCAGCAUACAGCUUGGAAAGUUCCAGCUCCUGUCAUACAUUAUCUGUGAAUAAUAUACCAGGCACAACAUCCCUCCCCCUGCCACCUCUUCAUUGCGCAGGGUGCAGUUUUCACAUUAACUGCACCAUGUUCAAUCUGUAACUUCAUUCACAGAGAAAAAAAAAAAAAAAAACUCCCACCUUCAGCUUCUACCUGAUCAGACUGAGGACAGGACGGGUUGAAGCUCCAGCUUGGAUUAAAGAGUCAAAUAAAAUUAUAUAAUAAAUCUUCACAUCAGCUGAUGGAGGAGGAAAAACCAUGGGCGCUGAUCUCAGAGGUGGGGGGGGAGUUCGGUUACCUCGAAGAACUCGCCGACAUAUUGAGGCAACACUUCCAGCUCGUCUGCCACAGAGAGCUUCUACAAAACCCAGCGCUCCACGGCCCCAAAAUCCAGGCCCUGUUGAUGUGGAAGUACUGCCCUGCGGCCGAGCCUGCCUUGCUCAGGUUGCUCCCAUCGCUCAAAGUGGUCGCCAGCGCAGGGGUGGGCAUCGACCACCUGGAUGUGCCCUUCAUCAGGGGUCUCGGGGUGAAGGUGGCCAACACGCCCGGCGUGGUUAACAACGCCACUGCAGAUAUGGCCAUGGGUCUGCUCCUGGCGUCCGCUCGCAAGAUCCUCGAGGGUCAUCAAAUAGCUCUGGAUCCAAGGACUACUCAUAUACCGCAAAGCCUGAUGGGAGUUGAAGUCACAGGGUCAACUCUGGGGAUCAUUGGAAUGGGAGAGAUCGGUUACAAAAUUGCCCAAAGAAGCAAAGGAUUUGAAAUGAAGAUCCUGUAUCACAACAGGACCAGACGGAGUGUGGAAGUUGAGCAGGAAGUUGAAGCGAGUUACUGUGAGCGGCUGGACGAGCUGCUGAGGAGGUCGGACUUUGUCGUGGUAGCGGUCAAACUGACCUCGGACACGACAGGCCUCAUUGGCCACAGAGAGCUGUCCCUCAUGAAGCCCACAGCGACACUGGUCAACAUCAGCAGAGGUCAAGUUGUGGACCAGGAUGCUUUAGUCAAAGCUCUCCAGUCGGGAACUAUCCGUGCAGCGGCUUUAGAUGUGACUCAUCCUGAACCUUUACCGAGGGAUCAUCCGCUCCUCGGCCUGCCUAACGUGCUGAUCACCCCCCACAUCGGGAUCAGCACCUACAACACAGCGAGCAGGAUGGUGGAGAAGAUGGCGGAAAAUGCUGCGGCUGCGGUGAAAGGCUUACCUGUUCCAAACGAAGUCAAGUCGCAGUGACCGGACUAACUGUAGAACAACCAGUGUAACUCAUUCAUUCUGUAGAGGCUGCGCUGAUGUUGUUGGCUUCACUGUUUUACUUCAGAGAUCUGAAAAAUAAAAUGAGAACAAACGCA